AUGAUUCAAUUUGAAUUUAGGCGACAAGGUCUGGUGGGUGGCAAGAGUUACAUGAAAGGAGAAAAUUCCUUUUUCCUAAAACCUGAACGCAGUUCACAUUCAUCAAUCAGAUUUCUGUUCAAGAACAGCGAAGAGUCUUGUAAGAAGAAAUCUUGUGUAAAAUCAAAAUUAAGAGAAACAAUUUCCGACCAACAUCGCAUAAUUUUAUGUGGCACCCUCGAGCCCCCGAAAGCAUUGAAACCAGCUGAAUAUUCUUUUAUUGAUGUCGAUAAAAUAAAUUACGCAGACGACGGGAGAAAACUUUUGUUACACUUGAAAAAUUAUGUCAACAUUCAAUUAGCAUUGAGGAAUGAAAAGCACAAAUUGUUCACUUCUGAAACUCCUCUGACAUUCACUUGA